AUGGGCUCGCGCGCGCCGCACGCGCUGGUGGACACUACACCCGCCAAGACCAUCGUGGUGUACCGCAACGGGGACCAGUUCUACGUGGGCCGCAAGUUCUUGCUGUCGCGGCGCCGUGUGGCCACCUUCGAGGCGCUGCUGGAGCAGCUGACCGAGCAGGUGGAGGUGCCGUUCGGCGUGCGGCGCCUCUUCACGCCGACGCGCGGGCGCCCGGUGCUGGAGCUGGACUCGCUGCAGGCCGGCGGCAAGUACGUGGCGGCUGGGCGCGAGCGCUUCAAGAAGCUGGAUUACAUUAAUAUAGUUCCCAGAAAACCUGCAAAGAUGGGGAAGUUGAAGGAAAUCAAGCCGGUGGUGCACUGUGACAUGAAUGUGCCUUCCCGGUGGCAGACGUUCCAUCGUAUGUCCCGACAAAUAAAUGUUUUCACAAAUGGAAGAUUAUUUAUUCCACCUGUAAAGAUUAUUAUACCCAAAUUCAGCCUGGUGGAGUGGAACAGCGUGCUGGCCAUGGUCGGGGAGAAGGUCUUCCCUCUGGGAGGCGUUAGAAAAUUAUUUACAAUGAAUGGACAUCUUUUGGACAACUCCAAGGAUUUGCAAGACGACCAUUUUUACGUGGCGGCGGGACUGGAGGCCUUCAAGAAUUUCCCUUACUGGAAGUCCCCGAAGGUGCCGAGUGAAAUCCAACAAAAGUACACAGACAUUGAGAAACAUUCACGAGGAAAGAAAAAAGAGGAUCCCAAGGUGAAAGACACUUGUAAACAGGACAGCAUUUCACCCAAAGCACAGGAUUCUGUGUUUUAUGCCAAAGAAGGAAAAAAGAAGCCAAAGGCAGAGCCUUUAAUCCAGAGUGGGGCAGAUGGUGACGUGUUUAAGGCCCAGACUCCUAACCAGGAGACCCAAGGAGCCCCGGAAGUCACGGAGGCCCCAGACGUGCACGUGGAGCUGCCUGUGGACAGGAGACCAGCCGAGAUCGUCAAAGACACUGAAGAGACAGACAGACACACGUCUGAUUUUGAAAGCAACUGGGAAAAAGAAGAUGAAAAGCUUUAUGAAGAUAAUGAAAGGAAGGAAGACAGUUCACGAAUGUCUUUUAAGAAAAAGUUUCCCUUAAGACACAACACAAAGAAAAAAGCAUCUCUCAAGAACCUCAGCAAGAAUAAGAAAGUGGUUCCGUUUCCUGAAAAGGAACCAAAUGACAUUCUAGAGGAAAAAAAGACACCUGUACGGCUAGACACCCCAGUUGAAAAACACCAAAGAGAACCUCCAGUGGGACAGCAGUCACAGGAGUCAUCACCAGGACAACCGGACGUGGGACAGCAGUCACAGGGGUCAUCACCAGGACAACCAGACGUGAAACUUGACAAGCAGGAAUCAGCUGAACAGUGGUCCUUGGGACAGCCGUCCCAGGAACAGGUGCCCGACAAACAAGAACCCCCUGAACCGUCAUCCUUGGGACAGCCAUCCGAAGAACAGCUGACUCAGGGAGAUGACAAAGAACAACAGAUACCCUGA